AUGGGAGAGGAGGAAGGAACUCACAUAACCUCUUCGAGCCUCCUGCUGUACGACCUCAAGCACCCGCACAGAUUCUCUGAGAUUGGGGACCAGAUUCUGGAGGUGAACGGGCAGAGCUUUCUCAACAUCCUGCACGACGAAGCGGUCAGCUUGCUCAAGUCAUCCCGGCACCUCAUCCUGACCGUGAAGGACGUCAGGAGGCUGCCCCACGCCCGAACCACCGUGGACGAGACCAAGUGGAUUGCCAGUUCCCGGAUCGGGGACGCCGCCACGAACUCAGCAGGCUUUCCUGGGGAUCUCACGGCAGAGGGGACCAACAAGCUGGGGUUUUACAAGGGGCCGGCCGGCUCCCAGGUGACCCUGAGCAGCCUGGGCAACCAGACGCGGGUGCUGCUGGAGGAGCGGGCGCGGCACCUGCUGAACGAGCAGGAACGUGCCACCAUGGCCUACUACCUGGAGGAGUACCGCGGCGGCAGCGUGUCCGUGGAGGCCCUCGUCAUGGCCCUGUUUGAGCUGCUCAACACCCGUGCCAAGUUCUUGCUCCUCUCUGAGGUGAGAGGUACCAUCUCCCCCCAAGACCUGGACCGCUUCGACCACCUGGUGCUGAGGCGGGAGAUCGAGUCGAUGAAGGCACGGCAGCCCCCCGGCCCUGUGGCCGGGGACACCUACUCCAUGGUCUCCUGCAGCGACACAGGCUCGUCCACGGGCAGCCACGGCACCUCCACCACUGUCAGCUCAGCCAGGGAGCGGCUGCUGUGGCUUAUAGACCUGAUGGAGAACACUCUGGACCUGGAGGAGACUGGGGAGGCCGUCCAGGGAAAUAUGAACACCCUCUCAGACGUCUCCCUGGAUGAUGUCAAGUCCACCUCCAAGGGACUGCCUAGCUACAAGCCACCGCCUGCCCCAUCACCUUUGCCCCAAGGCCACGACCACCUGAUCAACCAGAUGAGGAAGCCGGGCAGAGAGGACCUCCAGCCGCCUUCCUCCGCGUCUUCCCACGCGGGCAUCGUCUUCUCUGCUCCGCGGAACCGCAGCCCGCCGGCGGGCACCUCCCCCGCCCCAGAGGCCUCCUCAGCACAGGACUCGCCCUCCUCCCCCAUCUACGCCUCCAUCUCCCCGGCCAACCCCGGCUCCAAGAGGCCGCUGGACGCCCAUCUGGCCCUGGUCAACCAGCACCCCAUUGGCCCCUUCCCGCGGGUCCAGUCACCCCCGCACCUGAAAAGCCCCCCUGCAGAGGCCACGCUGGCGGGGGGCAGCCUUCCGCCACCCUCCCCGUCCGGCCACCCAGACCAGACGGGCACGAACCAGCACUUUGUCAUGGUGGAGGUGCACCGCCCAGACAGCGAGCCCGACGUGAACGAAGUGAGGGCGCUGCCCCAGACGCGCACAGCCUCCACACUCUCCCAGCUCUCGGACAGCGGGCAGACCCUGAGCGAGGACAGUGGCGUGGACGCCGGCGAGGCAGAAGCCAGCGCCCCAGGCCGAGGCAGACAGGUGGUGUCCGCCAAGAGCAGGGGUAGCAAGGAGACGCCUCGGAACGAGAGGACCACCGAGGGGGCCGCCAAACCGCCCGGACUCCUGGAGCCCACCUCCACCCUGGUCCGCGUGAAGAAAAGCGCAGCCACCCUGGGCAUCGCCAUCGAGGGCGGCGCCAACACCCGCCAGCCCCUGCCUAGGAUCGUCACGAUUCAGCGAGGCGGCUCAGCCCACAACUGUGGGCAGCUCAAGGUGGGCCACGUGAUCCUGGAAGUGAACGGGGUGACGCUUCGGGGCAAGGAGCAUCGGGAGGCCGCGCGCAUCAUCGCGGAGGCCUUCAAGAGCAAGGAGCGUGACUACAUCGACUUUCUGGUCACCGAGUUCAAUGUGAUGCUCUAGGGGCCAAGGCCUGAGGGCCUCCCACCGCUGCCCAGCCCCUGGCCCUGGUCCUUCCUCCCUCCUGGCACUAUUGAGCUCCUUCAGGGGCCGGGGCUGCAUGGCCAGGGUAGCAGGAAGACAUCCCUCCACUCCGUCCUGGCCCACUGGACCAGAACCGGGAAAAAAGAGCUGGGCAAGACAAACAGAAGGUCAGGUCGGGGUCUGGUGCAAUGCCCAGUACACAGUAAGCACUCAGUAUAAGCUUGAAACCUCAGGAAGGGAAGAAACUAAGGGGAAGAGCAGAGCGCCUGUGUCUUCACCUGAGGCCUCCCAGGGCCUGGAACUCUGGGUUGCGUGGAGGCCCUGCUGCCCCCCGGCCAUCUAGGACCUGGCCCAUCCCCAGAUGCCCGAGCUUUUGUCUGGAGUGAAGUGACAUGAGAAUCCGUAGACACAGCCCCCAGCCAGGGCGGCAUCUUGCAGGACCUUCAGUGCCACAAAUAAGCAUCGAGCACCCCCCAUUCACAAUCCCGUUCCCCCUAGCUCCUCAUCCUCCAUGGUAUUUAUUAUUUAUUUCCAUCCCACACCCCUGGGUACCCCAGGGCCCCAGCUUCCCACCACACCCCUAGCCUAUCCCAGAGGCCUUGCAGGUGACCAGUGUCGUCAGUGUAUUUAUAUACAGAGCUUAUGACUUUAAUUUUUCAAUAAA